CACAUGCUCUUACUCGGACCCCACAUAUAAUUUGUUAACUUCACAAACGUACCCUACACCAUGGUCUCUUGGCCAUUUCAUUCAUAACAGAGAAGUAAAAUAAUCAAAUUUUAUCAAUAGAACAAAAGAAGGUAUUGUCAGUGCAUGCAUAGGUAUCAUGAAUUCAUGAUCACAACUUAGCCUCGUCUGCACCACUGUUUUGUUUGCUCAAUUAAUGUGCCUAUUAUCACUAUGAUCUACAAGUUGGUUAGGUCUCAGAAAAAAGUAUAAGAAAAAAGUAUAAGAGAGAGAGAAAGAGAGAGAAAUAAACACGCACACACACACACACACUUGAAGAAGGGCCAAAACCUGAUGAUGGAAGCUAGUUUCUUCCUAGUACUUUUUAUACUAUCUUUCUACUCUUCUAUUCACAAGAUUUAUUCUACUACAACAGAUGCAAUCACUACAAAUCACUCCAUCACAGAUGGUAAAACUAUUGUUUCAUCUGGUGGAACCUUUGAAAUGGGAUUUUUCAGUCCCAGUGGUUCCUCAAAGCGAUAUAUUGGGAUAUGGUACAAGCAAAUUCUUCCUAUGCAUACAGUUGUAUGGGUUGCCAACAGAGAAAAACCACUCAUGAAUACAUCUUCAGUUGUUUUGAAGGUCUGCAAGCCAGGAAUACUUGCUCUUCUCAAUGACAAGAAUGAAACUCUAUGGUCCACUAACACCUCACGAUCAGUCCAAAAUCCAGUUGCACUACUUUUAGAUUCUGGUAAUCUUGUUGUAAAAGAUGCAAACGAUGGCAAUUCAAAAAGAUUCCUCUGGCAAAGCUUCAAUAAUCCAACUGAUACGUUCUUGCCUAAUAUGAAGCUUGGCAAGAAUUUUCAAACUGGCCAAGAGGUUUACCUUUCAGCAUGGAAGAAUGAGAGUGAUCCAACUCCAGGGGAAUUCACUCUACACAUUGAUCCUACUGGAUAUCCACAGACCCUUGUAAAACGCGGCACAAGAGUAUUAGGUAGCUCUGGACCAUGGAAUGGUUUACGUUGGAGUGGGGAUCGCGCACCACCACCAAACCAAAGCAGCAUUUAUAAAAUUCAGUUUGGUUUCAAUAAGGAGGAGGUUUACUAUAGUUAUUAUUUCAUUAACAGCUUGGUAUUAUCAAGGUUAGUCCUGACUAACAAUGGUUAUAUGCUAGGCCUCAUGUGGGUGGAUCAGACCAAGAGUUGGCUUCACCUUACUUUACCUCCUAAUACAUGUGAUACAUAUAGCUUAUGUGGUGCCUAUGGGAGCUGUGACAUAGAAAAUUCCCCUGUUUGUGGAUGUUUGGAAAAGUUUGUCGCUAAAUAUCCACAACAAUGGGAAAAGGGAGAUUGGUCAAAAGGGUGUGUUCGAAGGAAACCUUUCGAUUGCAACAAGGAACAUGCAUUUCUAAAAUAUUCCGGAAUUAAGUUGCCAGCUACCAAGUACUCUCAGUACAAUAAGACCAUGACACUCGACAGAUGUAGGCAAGUAUGCUCGAGCAAUUGCUCUUGCAAGGCUUAUUCGAGCCUAGAUAUAAGAAAUGGAGGCAAAGGUUGCUUGUUUUGGUUUGGGGAGUUGAUUGACAUCAAAAAGAUGCCUGGGGGGCAGGACAUCUACAUCAAGAUGGAUUCUUCAGAACUAGUAUCUAAGGCAGGUUCGAAUGGAAAGAAGGAAACGAUACUCGCAGUGAGUUUCUCACUAUUGAUGGCAAUGAUUCUGCUAGGCCUUAUUCUGUUGAUGUACAGACAGAAAAAGAAGAAACAAAAACUUAAAGAAGAAUUUGAGCUUCCACUGUUCCAAUUGUCGACAAUAACAAGAGCCACAAAUAACUUUUCGGUGAACAACAAGAUUGGAGAGGGUGGAUUUGGACCAGUUUACAAGGGAGUGCUGGAAGAGGGACAAGAAAUAGCCGUGAAGAGACUAUCAAGGACUUCCAUGCAAGGAUUUGAUGAAUUGAAGAACGAAGUUAUCUACAUUGCCAAGCUUCAGCAUCGAAAUCUUGUGAGACUUUUGGGUUGCUGCAUUCAAGGAGAAGAAAAGAUGUUGAUCUAUGAAUACAUGCCUAACAAAAGCCUGGACUCAUACAUAUUUGCUUAUUUUGUAGAUGAAACAAAGAGCAAAUUACUUGAUUGGCCAAAGCGUUUCAACAUCAUAAACGGAAUUGCUCGUGGCUUAUUGUAUCUCCAUCAAGAUUCUCGACUAAGGAUUAUCCAUAGAGACCUUAAAGCAAGCAAUGUUUUGCUAGAUAUAGAAAUGAAUCCAAAGAUAUCAGACUUUGGCCUGGCUAGAAGUGUUGCAGGGAAUGAGAUGGGAGCAAACACCAGCCAUGUGGUUGGGACACAUGGCUACAUGUCCCCAGAAUAUGCAGUAGGUGGGAACUUCUCUAUAAAAUCAGAUGUAUUUAGCUUUGGCGUCUUGGUGUUAGAGAUUGUGAGUGGCAAGAAAAAUAGAGGAUAUGUCCAUCAAGAUCACAACCUUAACCUUCUCGGUCAUGCAUGGAAGCUUUACAAAGAAGAUAGGUCCUUGGAACUAAUUGAUGAUCAACUAGCCGUUUCUUGCCAUUUUUCUCAAGUUUUAAGGUCAAUCCAAGUAGGUCUAUUAUGCGUGCAACAAUGUCCAGAAGAUAGGCCAAACAUGUCGUCUGUGAUUACGAUGUUGGGUAACGGGCAUGGGAGUCUACUGCCAGAAGCUAAAGAACCAGGGUUUUUCCCAGAAAGAGAGGUACUUGAUGCAGACACAAGUUCAAAAAAUGAAGUCACAAUCACAAUGUUAGAUCCUCGGUAGAUUGAACACAAUAACUAUUUUGAUUUGUGUGCACAUGAGAAUUUUUUUUUUUUUUAAUAAAUCUUAGAACUUUGAUUCUUGAAAAAUACAGCAAUAUCUAAACAAAACACCGAGUUAAAUGUUUCUACCUGAACGUGUUAUCUACUUAUGAAUGAAAUUUUUCCUAUUUCUAUU